CAUCCGCUUCCACCACCUGCAAAAAACCCUAGCAGAGCUCCGAGAUCUCUUUUCGCCAUGGGAGACUCCGGUGAUCCUUUUAUGCGUAUCCAAAACGCCGCCGUUCAGGCGCGCCCUAAAGCUCAGAACAGAGCCAGUGUUCUUCAGCUCAAGCUGAUGGGUCAAAGCCACCCUACUGGCUUAACAAACAAUCUCUUAAAACUAUUUGAGCCACGUCCGCCAUUGGAGUACAAACCACCACCGGAGAAGAGAAAGUGCCCGCCUUAUACAGGUAUGGCUCAGUUUGUGAGUAACUUUGCUAAGCCUGGGGAUCCAGAAUACGCUCCACCUAAGCCAGAAGUUGAAUUACCUUCACAGAAAAGGGAGCGAAUUCAUAAACUACGACUGGAGAAAGGUGUCGAAAAGGCUGCUGAGGACUUGAAGAAAUACGACCCUAGUAAUGAUCCAAAUGCCACUGGAGAUCCAUACAAGACAUUGUUCGUUUCAAGACUUAACUACGAAUCCUCUGAGAGUAAGAUUAAAAGGGAGUUUGAAUCUUAUGGACCAAUUAAACGGGUUCAUUUAGUGGCUGACAAGCUGACCAAUAAACCCAAAGGAUAUGCUUUCAUUGAGUACAUGCACACCCGUGACAUGAAAGCUGCAUAUAAACAAGCUGAUGGACAAAAGAUUGACGGUAGAAGAGUUUUGGUUGAUGUCGAGAGAGGUAGAACUGUUCCAAACUGGCGUCCACGCAGGCUUGGCGGUGGACUUGGGACCUCAAGAGUCGGUGGUGGUGAAGACGUUGUUGGGGACCAACAACCACAAGGAAGAACCUCACAGUCAGAGGAGCCAUCAAGACCACGGGAGGAGCGUGAGAAAUCUCGGGAAAAGGGAAAAGAAAGGGAGCGAGAAAGGUCUCGUGAGCUGUCUCAUGAACAACCUCGAGAGCGGUCUCGUGAUAGGCCGAGAGAGGAUAAGCAUCACAGAGACCGGGACCAAGGAGGUAGAGACAGCAGACGUGAUCGCGAACGGACACGUGAUAGAGGAGACAGAGACCGCCGUGACCGUGACAGGGGACGGGAUCGUUCUUCAAGGGAUCAUGACCGAGACCGUGGUAGAAAGAGGGAGCGAGAUUAUGAAGGAGGUGAAUAUGAGCACGAAGGUGGAGGUAGAUCCCGUGAGAGGGAUGCGGAGUAUGACCGAGAGAAACGUGGGGAGCCAAAAGAGACUCGUGGCUACUAUGAAGACGAUCAAGUGGACACAGACCGAUAUGGCCAUCGCUACGAGAAGAUGGAGGAAGAUGACUACAGAUAUGAGCGCGAGUACAAGCGGUCUGAGAGAUCAGAGUCGCGUGAGUAUGCUCGUUGAUGAUCCCCGCAUGUUUAAAACCUUAAAACUUAAGAAUCUUGUUUGUUUUUUACCUAUGAAUCAAACUUAUGCAAUUCUGUUUGUUAUCUUUGAACUUAUUUGCUAACUUUCAUAUGUUUUCGGAUGAUAAAUUGAUCAGUGAAAAAUUGUUGAAACCCAAUA